AUGUACCUAGGGUUUGGCUAUUCGCCCAUUAAAGCCAUACGUGAGCUGGGUUCAGAACGUCAUGAGACAGUUCGGUCCAUAUCUGGUGUGGGCGUUAGAGCAUUGAGAGGACCUUUCCCUAGUACGAGAGGACCGGGAAUGACGCACCUUUGGUGUACCAAUUAUCGUGCCCACGGUAAACGCUGGGUAGCCAAGUGCGGAGUGGAUAAUUGCUAA